GUGUGUCCGUCAGAGUCUUGUCAAGUCUACUCUCCUCCGAGUGAGUGUGGCAGUGCUGUGAGGGCUGUGAGGCGAGACGGACGGGUACAGGUGGCGCGCUAACUGGCUGGAGUGCAGGCGUGUGACCAGCGGCGGCUACGGACAGACACAGACACGAUGCCACCUCCGUCUACCUCCUCCUUGGGCUGGUUCGAGUACAUACUGAUCCACUAUAGGUGGGUGUUCGUGAUCUUCUUCCUGCUGCCCGCGUCCUUCCUCUACGACAUCUACUUCUACACGCGCUCCUGGAUCGUGUUCCGCCUCAGCUCGGCGCCGCAACACCACGACAGGAAGGUGGCCAACGUGCAGCGCCAGGUGCGUGAUUGGAGCGGAAACACCCCCAUGUGUACAGCUCGUCCUGGCUGGCAGACCAUCAGCUUCCGGGAGGGCGCCUACAAGAGGACCUUCCACAAAGUAGCCAUUAACCUGGUGGACAUCCUGCAGAUCAACACGGAGAAGGGGACGGUGUGGUGCGAGCCGCUGGUGACGAUGGGGCAGCUGACGCACACCCUGACAGAGCUGGGCUGGACCAUCCCUGUCGUGCCGGAGAUGGACGACCUCACUAUUGGAGGGCUGGUCAUGGGCACGGGGAUAGAGACGUCUUCCCACAAGCACGGCCUCUUCCAGCACAUCUGCCUCUCCUUUGAGCUGGUGCUGGCUGACGGAUCCCUGGUGACGUGCUCCAAGGACGAGAAACCGGAUCUCUUCUACUCCGUUCCCUGGUCCUAUGGCACUCUGAGCUUCCUGACGGCCGUGGAGAUCAAGAUCAUCCCAGCGCAAAGGUUCGUCAAGGUGGAGUACAAGCCGUGCCACUCCCUCGACAACCUCAUAGAGACCUUCACGGCGGAGACGCAGAGGGAGGAGGGGAACCAGUUUGUGGAGGGCCUCAUGUUCUCCCUUCACUCCGGCGUUGUCAUGACGGCUAAUAUGUCCAACACCGCUGAGCCCGGCAAGAUAAACAAGAUCGGGUGUUGGUUCAAGCCGUGGUUCUUCAAGCAUGUGGAGACGUACCUGGCCAAGGGCAGCGGCGGCGUGGAGUACAUUCCUCUCCGCGACUACUACCACCGACACACACGCUCCAUCUUCUGGGAAAUACGGGACAUCAUCCCCUUCGGCAACAACGUGGUGUUCCGCUACCUCCUGGGCUGGCUGGUGCCCCCCAAGGUGUCGCUGCUGAAGCUGACGCAGGGCCAGGCGGUGAAGGAGCUGUAUGAGAAGAACCACUUCAUCCAAGAUAUGCUCGUGCCCCUCAGUGACAUAAAGGAGGCCCUGGAGGUGUUCCACAAGGAGGUGAAGAUCUACCCGAUAUGGCUGUGUCCCUUCAAGGUGGAGGCCAACCCAGGGAUGCUGCAGCCUGUGGGGGGCAAGGAGGCACUCUACGUGGACAUCGGCACCUACGGCACUCCGGGGGUUGACAACUUCCACCCCGAGCAGACCACCAGGAGGGUCGAGGCCUUCGUCAGGAAAGUGAAAGGGUUCCAGAUGAUGUACGCCGAUUCCUACAUGACCCGCGAGGAGUACCGGGAGAUGUUUGAUCACACGCUGUACGACAAGAUGAGGAAGGAGCUGGACUGCACCAAGGCCUUCCCCGAGGUCUACGACAAGGUCAACAGGAAGGCGCGUGUCUGACGGGAGUUACCGCUCAACUAAUAAACUUAAGAGUGUGA